GUAAGCCUGUUACAUUUAGCAUUCGUGUUACCCACGAUGACGUUUAGGCUUAUUUUAUCUGUUACUCAAAAUUGUUAUUUUAAAAACAAAAUUUUUAAACUUAUACGAAGUUGUUGUCCAUCCUGAUUAUAUUAGAUUUUAGAUUAUUCAGUUCUUUUUCGAAACUCAAGACUGGUUUUAUCAUGCCGAAGGGAAAAAGAGGAAAAUCAAAAUCUGGAGGUAGGACAUCUGCUCCAAAGCUUGAUGCAAAUCUCGUGGUAGGAAGUGAAGAAGAAUCCAACUUUGACAAUGCAAGCAUUAUCAGUAAUGUUUCUGAAUCUCGAUUUGGUAGUGAUGAUGGAACUUGGGGUGAAGAAGUGGAAGAUGGAGCAAUGUAUGAUGAUUUUGAGGAGAAAAUGAAAGAAGCUAUUGAUGGAACCACACAGAAAAGUGCAAAAGGGCGAAUGGUCUGUCUAGAAACUAUUAGAAAAGGUUUCACAUCAAAAUACAUGUACGACUUCAUUAUUGAAAGGAAAAUCACUGUUACCGAUAUGUUGGAAAGAAGUUUAAAGAAGGGAAAAGGAGAAGAACAAGAAAUAGCAGCAAUCUUAACAGCUCUUGUCUGUAUACAUCUUGGUGUAGGAAAUGAGUGUGAGACUCUCUUUCAUGAAAUAGGUCCUAUUUUUUCCCAGAUAAUUGCUGAUCCCACAGCAUCUUCUCUAGCCAGAGCCAAGUGUGCAACAGCCCUAGGGUUAUGCAGCUUUAUAACCAGCUCUGGUGUUAGUGGUCUGGCUUUGAACAUGCAGUUGCUACAUACCAUAUUCAGUGGAUCAUUCCUGAAAGGCAAUGGAGCUGUUCCUUCUCAUACCCCAGAAGUAGCUACUCUUCACAGCCAUGCAUUGCUAGCAUGGAGCCUACUGGUUACAAUUCUGUCAACCUCUCAGGUAUUGGAGUUGGCAGUAAGCCAUUUGCAAAAGUUAUCUGAACUAUUAGAAAGCCCUAACCUAGAACUGCGAAUAGCAGCAGGAGAGACAAUUGCUGUCCUGUAUGAAGUGAUGAGAGAAACAGAUGAGGACUUUGAGGGAGACAAUAUUGAUGAACUGUGUGUGAAGUUACAACAACUAGCCACUGACAGUCAGAAGUUUCGUGCAAAGAAAGAUCGUCGUCAGCAAAGAUCCAGUUUUCGAGACGUACUACGGGCAGUUGAGGGAGGAGAGUCUCCGGAUGUGAGAGUGAAAUUUGGCAGAGAAAUCCUCUAUAUUGACAGCUGGUGUAAAAAACGACAGUAUGAUGCCCUGUGUUAUGCUCUAGGUUCUGGAAUGAAUUUACAUCUCAAGGAAAAUGAGCUGCUUCGAGAUAUUUUUGAAUUAGGUGCUCCUCUUGCAAAUGGUGGAAUGGUCCAAAAAAUCAGCAAGUUUGAUAGGCAUAUGGUAAAUGUUGCAGCCUGUAAAGCCAGGACAAAAUCAAGAGGCAAGCUGAGAGACAAACGAGCAGAUGUUAUUGGAUAGAUUAGAUCUGUUUUUAGGAAAAUUGCUGUUAUCGGCGUAUCUUUGUAGGUUUGGACCCUUGUUUGAGAAUGACUUAGAUGACAGCCACUGAAAUAAAAUGAAGAUAUUAUCAACAGAACAGUUAAAAUCAGCUGGAGUACAGUUUCAUAGAAAUCACUAAUUAUAAGAUGCAAGGAAGUUUUUCCUUGCUAAUCUACACAUAAAACUUGUAUUGGUUAUUAUCAUCGUAACAUUGUAUAUAAUAGUAACAAAUAGAAAGACUGAGUUGAAAUAAUUUUAGUUCUUCAGGAAAUUAAUUCUGCCAAGGAACUAGCUUCCAUUAUUGGGUCAUUUCUUAAAAUAUAACAUUGGACGAACUUUCAUACUAUAUGUAAGAAUAUUGGAAAUGUAUUAAAAUCCUGCAGAUUUUGGCACUUGUUAAAAAAAAAAAAAAAGUUCAGACCUCAUCCAGAAUAACUUUUUUUUUAAUACAUUUUUUUUAUUCCAUUUUAAUAUUUAUUUCUGAUAUCGGGUGCUACUGGAGUUUUUAAAUUUAAACUCUCAUUGUAAAUUUUUAAAAUGGCUGUAAUACUGCAAUUUUUCUAUGAAAUGGACUAAAGUUUAUUAUCUCUUAAGUUGUAUUUUUGUACUUCAUUGUUGUUGUUUUUGUCUUUUUUUUUUAAACAUAUAUCAAGAAAGUAAAAUAGGCUUAACAGCUUUUAUUUUUAUUGAUAGGGAUUCUUGUUAGGUGCAUAGAAAUGCUUCCAGCAGCUGCCAUAAGUUUAAAUAUAAUCCAUCUAACAAUUGUCCUUCUCCACGCUAACUUAUUUCCCAUUUUUCUUCCUACUAACACCCAUUUCCCAAUAUUUUUCCUACUGUCACUCUACACAUUGUUCCUCUUGGUUGAGUCAACCUUUAUUUUUCUAGCUACACCUGUUCUCCAUUAUUAUUCUUACUGCUAUACUGAUUCCCUAUUGUCCCUUUAUAGAUUCCAUUAAUACAUGUAUUUUAAUUGUUCAUUUGGAUUAUACUUUCUGGUUAAAUUUAUUUCCAUUUCCCCCAUUUUUUUUUGGCUAACACCAAACCCUAGUUGUAACAUCCAUUUUUCCAUGAUAUUAGUGUGUUAUUAAAAUUUUGGACUUUUGUACAGAUAUUCAAAGUUAAGGAAAUGUCUGGAAAAACCCAUCAUGUUUUAAUGGAUUUUAUAUAUAUAUAUAUAUAUAUAUAUUGUUUUUCUCUUAUUUUUAAUAAAAAAUAGUGAUUUACUAGCAGUGUCAGCAUCAAGACUUAAGGCAACGUCAUCAGAUACAACAGGAAAGCAUUCGAUUGAUAACAAAGUUUUUUAUAUUUUCACAUUACUUGUUAAUGAUUUCAAACAAUUGUCAGUGUUUAAAAUUGUUCUACAUUAAUUUUUGAACUUGCUUAGUGUGAUAAAAGAUGGAAAUUUUCAUUAUUGGAAGAGAUUAUCAAAGUUUCUCAACAGAAAUAGGAGUUUUAGUGAGAACACUAAGUGAUUUGUAGCUGCUAUUUGAAGUUGUGAAGUUUAAAACUGCUAAAAAUAUUUAUAGUACAAUUAGGCACAACACACUGAUAUUUCACUGUAAUUAAGUUGUGUUUUUAUAGUUUGAAAACUAGAUUUUAACAAAACCAAAGUUUGUUAGCUAAAAUGUGAAAAAACGUGUACCCCUUAUAUUAGAAAAAUAUAAGUAAAUCAAUUUAUGAACAGAGGAAGGAAAUGUAGACUUGUAAUGUUUGAGAUAGUUUGAAUUGUAUUUAAUGUGAAAUGUAUGUAAAACAGUGACAGUUAAAGAGCACUUCAUGUAUAUGUACAGAUCACUUUGAAUAUUUCAAUCACGAAUAGAAAAUUGCAUACGAGUUUACAGAUGUUUAAAGAAUUUUCUUUUUGAUUGUUAACCAAAAUGGACAGAAUUUAGAUUUUUUCCCUUUAUGCACUUGCAAUUUGUGUUUUUUUUUUUGUUCUUAAGCUUCUUCAUUUUGGAUACAAUAUCAGGUGGUUGUGUACUCAGAGUUUUGACUAAAAUUUAUGUGGUGGUAGGUGUUAGAAUUAGCAAGUUUUGAAGUCUAUUAAAAUAAUUUUUGUGGUCUA